AUGGACAUUCACCGGUGUCGCUUUGUCCCGUACCCGCCGCACUCGAUCAACGCGCUCGCUUUCUCUCAUUCUUCCGAUCCCAAAAGGACAGCACCCUCCGACCUCCGUCUUGCAGUCGGUCGUAACAAUGGCGACAUCGAGCUAUGGAACCCUAGAAACGGCCUAUGGGUCCAAGAGACAAUCAUUAGAGGAAGCAAAGAUGCCACAAUCGAGCAAUUAGCCUGGACUCAGGACAUAGUUGUUGACGACAAUGUCGAUGGAGUCAAACUCUCACAAGGACCACUACGUUUGUUCAGCAUUGCGGGGACAAGUUCGGUCACAGAAUGGGAUUUGAACACCGGAUCCGUCAAAAGACGCGCAGAGGGAAAUACUGGGGAUAUUUGGUGCUUUGCAGCGCAACCGCAGAUCGAACGUGUGAAAAAUGUGGACACACUUCCAGAUGGAGCGGCUUCCCAGCUCCUCGCGGCAGGAUGCUCCAACGGCACCGUUGUGCUUUUCUCUACCGAGGAUGAUGAAUUGCGCUAUCUUCGAACACUUUUAGCGCCGCCUGUGCGAAAACCGAAAGCCCUGAGCAUUACGUGGCGGGAUCGCCAUACAGUGGUUGUCGGCUACGAAGACAGCACAAUACGGGUGAUUGAUGUACCCAGCAGGAAGAUUCUUCGCAACAUGAGCUUGGGUAAACCUGUUGAUGGUAAUCACUCCGUCGUCUGGACUGUAAAGUGUCUCCCUGACGGGUCAAUCGUGUCUGGAGAUUCUUCUGGCGAGUUGAAGAUAUGGGACCCGAAGAACUAUUCUUUGAUUCAAAGGGUGAAGAGCCAUAAGGCAGAUAUACUUGAUAUUGCCGUUAGUCCGUCCGGGGAUACGAUCUUCUCGCUCGGCGUGGACAGGAGAACCGUCACCUACAAGCCCGUUGCCACUUUACCGGGAACCAAGAAGACGAGAUGGGCGGAAGUUGCUCAUCGGCGAUAUCACCAACACGAUGUCAAAUGCUCGGCGAGCUUCGAAAGCAAAGAAUUGAGUGUCCUAGUAUCUGGUGGUAUGGACGCCAGACCGGUCGUCAUCCCAAUUCGACGAUCACACUCGGAAUUGCAUCGCACGCUUCCUCAUCUACCACAAAAGCCGCCCAUGUCCUCUUCUCCGACGGCCAGGCUUUUCAUUUCCUGGUGGGAUCGCGAGAUUAUGGUCUACCACGUUCGGAAACAGAAAGGUCCCGGCACCAAUUUCGACGUUGACCCUUCCGAUGAUUCGGCUUACGAGACUCUUGCCCGACUAGUCAUGCAAGGUGACGAAAACCUCCACGACGCCAAAGUCUCGGAAGACGGCAAAUUCAUUGUCGCGGCCACCAGCAGCAGUGUUAAGUUAUUCCAGUUGCGAAAGACCCAAGUAUCUGGACGGCCGUGUCUUCGCACAAGGCAGAUUGACCUACCCCCGGCGAUCUCUCGCUUGGGCUCCAGGUGUGCAGGCUUCUCUCCCGAUUCGAAAUGGUUAUACAUGGUCAGAAAGGACAAUACCGUUGUCCUGGCGAAAAUAUUGGUUCCUGAGGACCACCAAAAGGAACGCCCUACGAUUCAUGAAAAAACUGUCAGACUUUAUCGCUCGCCACGGAAGACACAGCCGUCCGCUCUGGGUUUGUAUCAUCAGACUAUUACGCAGGUCGCGUUUUCGAACGACAGCCGGGUGCUUGCAGUGGGAGACCUGUCAGGCGCGGUUGACGUGUGGAUCCUCGAGGGUCACGAAGACCUAGACUACGUCGAGGCCGCUUCUGAGAGCGAUUCGGACGACAAGCCCACAAACGCCUCGGUGGCCUCAUCAUCGUCCUCGUCGUCUUCGGGAGAGGAAGAAGACGAAUCUCCCGUGGUCCACGGUCAGAAAUGGGUUCGCAACCCCGCCGGUUCACAAUUUCCUCAGCUUGACUCGUCGAUUCUGAUCCUCACCUUCCGCCCUUCACCUAUCAACAAGACGAUAAACCCGGCCAACGGCAACUUGGGCCUCCAUGCGACAAGACACACUCCACACCCGGUCUCGCCUGAACUUCCGGCCACCGAUCACAAACUCAUCGCCGUCACCGCCACACAUCAGCUGGUCGAGUUCGAUGUGCUGACCUCCAAAUUAAGCGACUGGUCUAGACGCAAUCCUUCAAAGUUUCUCCCUCUCGAAUUCACGCGACUCAAAGACCGGGUAGUGGGGUGCUUCUGGGACUCUAACAACCGAGAAAAGAGGGGCGAGAGACUCUGGCUGUACGGUACCACGUGGGUUUUCAUGUUCGACGUUUCGCAGGAUCUUCCACCCCAUGGGUCGACAAGCACCGCCGCUGCCAACGGUACCAGUACAUCAGCCACCAGCCAUGAAAAGAAAGGCAAGUUAGGCGACUACGAUGUCUUGGAACCCGUAGACGGCAACGAUGACACCGACGCCCGAAGGAAGCGGUCAGCCCAGCGCCAAGUUUCCGGCAACACUAAGGACAGCCUCAGCAAGAAGCGGAAACGCAACACCGGCGCCGGCGACGUGAUCCCCGAACGCGAACGCCAGAGCGGCGUGGGGAGCUCAAUGCUCAAGUUCAAAAAUGAGGGGGACGAUGUGCAGAUGAUCGAUAUCGAUGCGGGUCCGGCCGACGCCGACGACGGUGAUUUCGACGAGACGAACGGCAAUGAUGAUGAUGAAGACGAUGCUCUUGCACUACUGCGGAGGAACGGGGAAAAGGAAACCGAGAACGGCGCAAUGGAUUCAGCCAGUAUCGACUCACGACCAGCUCAUUGGCAUACCUUUUCAUAUCGCUCCAUCCUGGGCAUCUCGGUGAUCGGUGCCGGUGCAGCUGACGGCCCCACGGUUUCCGACGAUCACGACCUCUCUGCCACGACCGCCGAGGAUAACAUUGAAGUCGUCAUCGUAGAGCGAUCCAUGUACGACGUCGAGCAACUUCCUCGAUUUGAUGGCGGGCAGGAUUGGGAGACUUGA